UCUAGACACCAGACAUGGGCUCGCAUUUCUGUGUCGACCAGUUCGUCUGCCACUAUCGAGUUGACUUCUCGAAUGAAGCAACCGUUGCUGCAUAUGCCAUCGAAAGGAUCGUAAUCGUGUUCAAUUUUUAUUUAUUAAUGGUCAUAUAUUCCGCUUUGAUAUCGCUUUCGUUCUAUUUCUGGUCGAUCUGGUCGACCUGGUCGUGCUCGGCUUUGCGCCACAGCACGGAAGAGUUGGGGCUCAUAUCAAUGACUGCCGGCGAUUCUAAUCAUCGAAAGGCGGCUUACGAUGUGGCCAUUUCUUUGUAUUUAACCAAUUAAGUCGUACAAAUGUCGCAUAAAGAUAUGAGUGGUGCAUCCAAAUCCGGGCCUGGGAUGAACAACUUUAGACUCCAGGGCUGAAACCGAGCCUAGUUGAUCCUUUAGAACCAAUCAGGGAACGGGACUGAACUUCCUCAAUAGGAGAGCCUUAAUUCGGUGGGGGCUUUGUGGGAUCGAUACGUUGGAGUAUCACGAAUAU